CUGAGCGAGGAGUUCGGCACGCCCAACUCCCUGGAGGCCGACAUGAGGGGCCUGUCGGACUACAUGUGCUACUACGACGCCCUGCUCAGCUUCUCCUCCGACGCGGAGCUGGUGGAGAGCUUCAACGGGGGAGGAGGUGGAGGAGGAGGUGUCGUUGUGGCGGCGGGUGGCGUCGGGGGAGGGCCGGCUUCGCCCGACGAGGACCUGAGGGCCCACAAGGCCGUGCUGUCGGCCCGCUCGCCGUUCUUCCGGAACCUUCUGCAGCGGCGCAUCCGCACGGGCGAGGAGAUGACGGAGCGCUCGCUGCAGAAGGCCACGCGCAUCGUCCUGGACGAGUCCAUCAUCCCGCGCAAGUACGUGCGCGUCAUCCUCCACUGCAUGUACACGGACGUGGUGGAGCUGGGGCUGGUGCUGGGGGGCAGCCCCUCGGGGGGCCUCGGGGAGGUGCAGGUGAUGGUGACGGGGGCCCGGGGGCCCAGCCCCCGCACAGAGGAGGCCAUGGAGCUCUACCACAUAGCCCUCUUCCUGGAGUUCAGCAUGCUGGCGCAAG